UACAGUCGUCAGCUCAAGGCUGUGUUUCAGAGGAGUGUGUUCAGUAGACUAAUGGGAUUGUUGAUAAAGUACCCUCAUCCCUAAAAGCCUUAAAGAUAAUUACAUGUUUCAACCCCCAAAACAACCGAUCAGAAAACAUUUGGUUCUGGGUGGAGCCGUCUGUUUUUAACUGACUUAUUUGGAGAACUUGGUCUCAUAGAGUACUGCUACAGUCUCGCAACCCCUCACAUCUUUAGGCAGAAGAUGAUGGCUGCCGAUCCAAGGCCGACGCUCACCCCCCAGCAAGCAACCCAAGUGACGCAGCAGCUUUAUGGAGUGACUGUGACGGAGAUCAGCCCCCUGCCUAGUUACAUGGACCAGAACUACCUCGUGGAGGAUAAGGAAGGCUCCAGGUACGUCCUGAAGAUCAUGAACUCAAUGGAGAGUGAGGAGACGACCCUGCUGGAGUUGCAGACCCUCGCCAUGUCCUUCCUACACCAGCAUGGAUUUCCUACGCAGACGACUGUGUCCACCACCACAGGGCAGCUGAUGAGUAUGGAGGAAAUAGACUGCGGACAAGGUGCUCAAACCUACUGUGUGAGGUUGUUGACCUACCUCCCUGGGGAGAUGGUCUCAAAGUCUCCGGUCACGAAGCACGAUCUGUAUAAUCUGGGCAAGUUGGCUGCAACCCUGAAUAAGACGUUGCUUCAGCUUUCAUCUCCAAACCUGGAUCUGUUACAAAGGGACGAUGAACCGUGGCAUAUGGAAAACGUUCCUCUUGUGGAAGGCUACCUGUCAGUGAUGGAUGGAGAUCCUCUGCAGGAUGUGAUCCAAUCAGUCAUCCAACAGUUUCAAUCACAUGUGCAGCCCAAAAUGAGCAAUUUCCAUAAAGGGAUAAUACACGGGGACCUGAGUGACCAGAACAUCAUUGUCACACCACUAACCAAUGGGCACCAUGAGGUGUCAGGCAUCCUGGACUUUUCAUUGCUCAAGAUCGGGUGCCACGUGUAUGAUCUGGCAAUAAUGAUCAUGUACAUGAUGCUGGAGAACCCCAGUCCCUUGGACGUAGGUGGCGCACUGUUAGCCGGCUGGGAGAGCGUCAUGCUGCUCAACAGUGAUGAGAGGGACUGCCUCUACCUGAUGGUGCUCGGUCGGCUGUGCCAGUCUUUGGUUUAUGGCAGGCACAAUGUCAACAAAUACCCCGGCAACAAGGAAUACCUAUUGACCACAGCCAAAGGUGGGACUCAGAUAUUAAACAAAUUCUGGGAGCUGGGCAAGAAAGAAGUGGAGAAGAAGUGGUUCACAGAUGCCAGCACAUUCGAACAAGAAAUAAAUGUGUCUCCGUGAAUUGGCAUGGAGGUUUAAAUCCUUAUAGUAAAAGUGAAAGGGACGAUGAACUGUGGGAUAUGCAAAAUGUUCCGGUCGUGGAGAGCCACCUGUCAGUGAUGGAUGGAGAUCCUCAGCAGGAUGUGAUCAGAGCAGUCCAUCAGGAAACGUGUGGAAAACAGAAGAAAAAACGACUGCUCUAAAAUCAUCUCAUUACCCUGCUUAUUGUCCUUGGUUUUCUUUAAUACAAUAUGUUGACAAUAACAUGGUUAAGGGGUUCUUGACAACACACAUAAAAUAAAUAAUCUCUAUUUUCAGUGAA